AUGGAGGUGAGAAAAAAGAAGAGGAAAAAAAGGAGCCAGACUCCAGAAGAAAAGGAACCUCUACAGGAUAAAGGCUUCAUGGAGAAGAUGGCUAAGAAUCAAGAUGGGGAAGUCUUUCCAACUGACAAACCCAACCUAAAAGAGAAGACCAGCCCUGAUGAAAAUGUGAAGAUGAGAAAAAGCCUCUCAGGUGAGACCAGCAAACCUGAGAGCAAGAAGAGGAAGAAGGAUAAGGAAGAAAAAAAUGAAAAGAAAACCAGCUCAGAAGAUCUUCAAAGCAGCAGUUAUGGAAGGAGUAAGGAGCAGGAAGACAACAAGGAGAAGAAAAGACCAAGGAGCCCAGAUCUGUUAGAAGAUGAAAGUGCAAAGAAGAAAUCCCGUGUGGAAGUGAGAAGGCCACCCCCCCUCGACAUACGGAGUUACAAAUUCCAUCGAAAGCUGGGAGAAGGCAGCGGUGGAAAGGUGAUGUUGGCAUCAUUUUCACCAAACAAACAGCUCGUGGCAAUUAAGAUAGUGCCGAAGAAACCAAACAGGUGCAACUAUCCGUGGAUCAGUAUGGAGGCCUGGCUCUUGAAGAUCGCCAGAGAAUGCCCCUUUCUGUGCCACUCACAUGCCACAUUCCAGUCCAAGGCCCAAGCCUUCUUUGUGCUGGAGUAUGCCGGUGGGGGGACGCUGUACAGGAUGAUUUCCCGUCAAAAAAAAUUACCGACGAAGAGCAUCCAGUUCUACACUGCAGAGAUGGUGGUUGCCCUACAGUUUCUGCACUCCAAUGGCAUCAUCCAUCGUGAUCUCAAGCCUGACAACAUCUUGGUGGAUAACGAUGGACACAUCAAGAUCUGCGACUUCGGCAUCGCUGCUGCAGGAAUGUUCGCCGGAUGGAAGAUCAGGGGAUUGGCAGGAACACCUGGAUACCGUGCCCCAGAGAUGUUGUCAUUGGAGGCGUACGACGCUGGAGCGGACUGGUGGUCGCUUGGUGUCAUCAUGUACGAAAUGGCCACUGGAAGGAAGCCAUUUGCCCCAUCACUUGAUCCUGCUAAGGAGUUUUUGGAUAUGAAGCUGACAAAGGUUGAUUAUCCAAGUCACAUGAGCCAGGAAAUGCUGGACCUUCUGCCAAAGCUUCUGGAGAUGGACAAUAACAACCGUUUAGGAGUAAAUGGGACCAUCAGGGAACACCAAUUCUUUGCCGGAAUCAACUGGAGUGAGCUUGAAAAGAGAACAACGCAGACACCUUUCAAGCCCAAAAUUCUCAUGCUAUUUGAAGGACAUAAAUACAUGAACCUUCUAAACAUUUUCAGGGAUAUUCCCUUAAUUGACAAUAAGCAGCCAACAGCAGAUAAAUUAAAAGAAAUUAAACCAGGAUUCUGUGCUGAGACCUCCGAGGAAAAUAAGCUAGAAGACUUCACCUAUGUGGAUUACAACUGGAAUUGGCAGGAGUAA